UCAGUGUGAAGGGCCUGUCCCAGCCACUGCCUCCUGGGAAAACAAGCCUGGAGCUAUGAAGACCAAGAACCGGCCCCCUCGACGCCGGACAUCUAUGCAGGACCCAGAAGCCACCUCAGGAGAGCAGACGCCUGACAGACCCCAGCCAGCCUCAGGGGGCGCAGAGCUGACCAAGGGUCUUCGGAGUAGGACAGCCCGUGCAGGUGGGGCUCGGGCAGAGGCCAGCCGCCGGCGACAGGGGUCCGGUGGGCGCAGGGAGAACAGCGUUCAGCGGCGACUGGAGAGCAACGAGCGGGAAAGACAGCGCAUGCACAAACUCAACAAUGCCUUCCAGGCGCUACGGGAGGUCAUCCCUCAUGUGCGGGCGGACAAGAAGCUCUCCAAGAUCGAGACCCUCACACUGGCCAAGAACUAUAUCAAGUCGCUGACUGCCACUAUCCUCACUAUGUCCAGCAGCCGCCUUCCAGGGCUGGAGGGGCCAGGCCCUGCACCGGGCCCUAAACUCUACCAGCAUUACCAUCACCAGCAGCAGCAGCAGCAGCAGCAGCAGCAGGUGGUUGGGGUCACACUUGGUGUCACCGAAGACCAGCCCCAAGGCCACCUACAACGAUACUCUACCCAGAUCCACAGCUUCAGAGAGGGGAGCUAGCACCUGCCCUGGACUCCAGGGUGGGGUUGGCAGUGCUGCUUACCUCAGCUCUGGUCCCUCCAAUGCCACAUGCCCCAGACUGGUGAU